AUGCCCUCCGAAGAGGCGCCUCUACGAGCCCAUAAAGAUGACAGUGUUGUGGAAUCAGUGACUAACACAAACGACGUUCCCCAGACGCCAGGGCACCAGCCACAACCAACUACGCCCCAAGCAACCACGUCCAAAAUGAAUAAAAAUGAUGCAAUGAGACAAUUCGAUAACAUUUUGAAAAGUCUUGAUGAAGCGGAUAAGCCAGAUUUCCUCAAUUAUGUUCAAAUCAAACUGAAACUCGAGGAAGAAGAAAAACAGAGAAAAGAGUUUGAGAAACGGAAGGAACAUAUAAAACAUGAAAGUAAAGAGUACCAAGAGAAGCACGAGAAAAAGUUGCAAAAAUGUGUGGCCCGUUACCACGAAUACGACUACCGGUGCAGAAGAAUAAAAAGUUAUUAUCCUACUAUGGAAUGGAUGUCUCCUGAAAAAGCGGAGAAAAAGCUUCAGGGCUACCGUUUGGAAGAGUUCGACGCUUUUAUGAAAAGAAUGAGGAAGGCGGAAUCCGGCUUGUUAGAGAUGGAAACUAAUUAUUUCCCGUAUGAAAUGACUUUCUAUUCCGGAUAUUUUUCGGAGUAUUUCGAGCUAAAGUGGAAGAAGAUCAAGAAGAAUGCUGUAACUGCUAAAACCAAUUUAUCCGAGUUUUGGAAAAACAGGUCUUCGAAAGUACACAAUUAA